CCAAAAAUAUAUGACGAACUCUAGGCGCGUGGACAGUCUUGUCUACUUUGGAUACUGGGCACACCCAACACUAUCUACCCUAUUUCUAAUUUCCUUUCCCUCCCUCCCACACACACACACACACACAAACACACACACCGUCCUCGCGACAACAGACCCCCUUUUUAGAUUCAACAGGUAAUUCCCCCACAGGAUGUAUGACUGGCUAGCUGGAUGGAUCGAUGGAUGGAUAUCUGCUUCAUAUUCUGACCCCCUGUUCUGUUCUGUUCUCUUUCCAGUUCAGUUCCUUUCCCCUCCCCAAUGGAGUACUAUUAUUACUAUAACCAUUACCAUUGCCAUUGCCAUUGCCACUAUCAUUAUUAUGAUUUCCACAUUCAAUGCACCCUUCAAUAAUCCAAGAGAACAUGAUGCACAAUCCUGCCGUUGCCCGGGCCAUUCAUGCUUCGGUACAGCAGUACUUCUUCAUCUAGUUAUUGCUUCUAGGCCACGCGCGACUUCCUUUCUAUUUUAUUUUAUUCUAUUUUGUCUUCUUUGUUUUCUUCUUUUUUUUCUCCUUUUCUUCUUCUCUUUUUUCUUCUUUUUUUUGGUUUGGAUCCUAUCACCUGUCUUUCCUCUUACUUCCUGCGGGUAUCCGGUCACUUUCUCAUCUCGUUACUUUUGGACUUUAUGUCAAAAUGUCUUUCAGGAUCCAAUUCAGGCUUACCAUAUGGUUAGCGAGCAAGGUCAUCUAUUUAGUUGGCGUUAUGGAUGAUGAUCGGGGUGGGUGGAGGUAGGUAGCUUAUCUCUUUCAUUAUUAGUGGGUUGUGGUGAACGAGUGUAGUAUACAUCAGUCUCAUGAUUGCACAUUCUCAUAAUACAUCACAAGAAUCAAAGGCAGAAUCAAAGAAUCGUGAAAAGCAAGCCCUCAAUGGCAGAAAGGUGUACCGU